AUGAUAAUUAUCCUGUGUUUAUGCUUAUUAAUUGACCUUCAAAAAUGCAAUUAAGAAAUUAAUCAUGAAAAUAGAGCAGUCGAUAACCCUCAUAUAGCAAUAUUAUAUGGUAAUUCAACCUUGGGUUAUUAUUAUAUGAACAUUUAUAUUGGUGAGAAUAUGACAAAGCACAGUGUAAUUGUAGAUACUGGUAGUUAAGCAACAACAAUCAACUGCAAUCAAUGCCAUCAAUGUGGACAACAUUAAAAUCCUCCAUACUCAUUCAAUGAGAAAAAUUACAAUAGCUCUGAUUUAAGGAUAGAUUUCAAUUGUUCCUCAUUUGAAAAUGAUAGAUGCAAUUUCGCUUCUUAUUAUGUAGAGGGGAGCUCAAUUGCAGGAUUUUAUUUUAAGGACAAGGUUUUAAUAGGAGAUGGAUUGAUUUAGUUAGAUGAUCGAUAUAUUGAGUAAGAAUCCUUUGAAUCAAUUCUUGGAUGCACUUAAUUUGAGACUGGAUAAUUAUAUCAAUAGAUGGCAGAUGGUAUAUUCGGACUUGCACCCAUUAAUAAUCAUUCUUAAUAUCCUCCAAGUUUAAUAGAUUUCAUAGCCAAAAAAGAUAAGGCAUUAUCUUUAAAGAGAAGAUUCUCUAUUUGCUUAAACGAUGAUUAUGGUUACAUCAGUGUUGGUGGAUAUGAUUUAUUGAGACAAGAUCCAGAUUUCAAAAUAAAUAAAAUCAAAUUCAAACCUACCUAGCAAUACUAAGUAAACCUAACCAAAAUAGCUUUUGGAGAUCAAACCUUCACUGUUAAUAAUAAGAUUUACACUGGAGGUCAAGGUACAUUUAUUGAUUCCGGAGCUACUAUUUCUUACAUGGAUCGUGAGAUAUAUUCAUAAUUAGUGUAGUCCAUCAAAGAUCAUUUUGAAUUAAAUAAAGCUCCAAUAACAACUAUACUUUAAUCAUAGGUUUGUUUUAAAUUCACUCAGGAUGUUUUAGAUUAAUAUUCGUAUUUCCCUACGAUAAAAUUUAUUUUCGAUGAUGAUGUCGAAAUAUAUUGGAAACCAUAGGAAUAUCUGAAUAUUCAAGAGAAUUAGGUUUGCAUAGGUGUAGAAAGAUUAUCAGAUAGGGUUAUUUUGGGGUAAAAUUGGAUGAGGAAAAAGGAUAUUCUCUUUGAUUUGGAUUAAUAAGAGAUCUCUGUUGUAUCCGCAAAUUGCACUUUGGAUUAUUUCAAAUUGUAGGUCAUAAAUACUUCUGAUGAUUAAACAGGUCAAUAAAAUCAGCCAGUUGUUAAAAAUAUUAGGUUACCAAGUCUGUUGAAAUCAAGUAUAAAAGAGGAAGAGGAUGAGGAAGAGGUUGCUGAAGUGAAAGAGGAUAAGAUUGCUGAAGAGGAUAAAGAUAAUGAUACUGUUGAGGAAGAAUAAAAGGAGGAGGAUGAGCAUUCAUGGCUGGAGAUAUUGUUUUACAUUUUCAUUGUUGUUAUUACAUUAAAAGGUCUGAUCUUCUUAGGACUUUACAUUAUGAAGAGAUUGGGAGGUAAUCUUUACAGUUAUGAGUAAAAACAUGAGAAAUUUUAGAAAUUAAAUAACUAAAUUCACAUGGAAGAUGAAGAUGAAAAAGAAUCUACAGAACAUAAGAUUGAGUUAGUCAUUCAAUAAAGUGAUAUAAUUGCUUGA